AUGGCGGAGGAUUUCAGUUUGUGGAACUCAGGUAGCCACCCAUGGAGGUCUGAAACCGGUUUUGACUCGGCUGUAAAUCACAUGUCCGGCGGCGGCGCUUCCGAUUGGAGUCACCAAUUUUUGCCGGAGGCCAGUCCGUACCGCCGUGUAAACCCUAAUUUCAACGAUUUCCGGUAUGACCUUCAGCUCGAAUCGGACUUUCGCCGCCUCAGUCUCGGCGGCGGCGGCGGCGAUGGUGCGUUCACUCCGGAGCUUCAGCCGCAGCCGCCGCCGCAGCAGCAGCUUUCUUAUACUGAUUUCGCCUCCGGCGUAUGCUUUGAAUCGAAUUUCAGAAACAAUUUGCCUGUUAGUACUCUUCCAUUCUCUCAUCCGCAAUUCGACGGCGUUCAUCAAAUCGCCGCCGCGAAUGGGCAAAUUGGACCGCAAAUGCAACGCCAAUCCUUCCAAGGGUUAGCCAACAGUCCGAUUUCGACUCCGGAAGCGCGUUCCAUGGCUCGUAGCUUAAACGGUUUUCCGGAGUUCGGAAACCCUUACUUUGGGAGGAGUUUGAACGCCGCUGCGAACGUAUAUCCCCCUCGACAAAUUCGGAGCAGUUUCCGGUCCCGUCCGAGCCGGAGCAAUCCGAAUUUCCGAUCAGAAUCCGUCAAUUCCGCAUCCUUGUUGCCGCCGCGACCGAGGUACUCGAGGAAUUUCUCCUCUCUGGAGGAGGUGAGAGGAAGAAUAGUGAUGGUGGCUAAAGAUCAAGGAGGCGCUAGAUUCCUGCAGGAUAAAUUCGAGGAAGGGAAUCAGGAUGAUAGGCGCGUAAUCUUCUCUGAAGUGCACGAUCGCGUUUGUGAAUUGAUGAUGGAUCAGUUUGGGAAUUAUCUGGUGCAGAAAAUGGUGGAACUGUCCAGUGAAGAACAGGUCAGUCAGCUGCUAGUGAAUGUGGUGAUGGAUGAUCGUAAGUUCAAGGAAAUCUGCAUCGAUAGCUACGGAACAAGAGCUAUGCAGAAGCUUCUAGAGAAUCUGACAACACCAGAGCAGAAAUCAAUAGCAAUAUCAGUACUCAGGCACGUAACUGUAGAUCUCACAAAUAGCAUGAGCGGCCACCACGUGAUUCAGCAUUGCAUGAAGAUAUUCUCCGCCGAAGACAACAAGCAAAUCCUCAACAAAGUAGCCGAUCACUGCCUAGAAAUCGCCACCGACAAAAGCGGCUGCUGUGUUCUACAGCAGUGCGUCCACCACGCUCAAGGCGAGCCACGCGAGCGCCUCAUUGCAGAGAUAUCAUCCAACGCACUACGUCUCUCCGAGCAUCCAUACGGGAAUUAUGUGGUGCAGUAUGUGGUAGGCCUGCGCAACCCCCGAGUGACAGCCGGGAUACUAGAACAACUCUCCGGCCACUUUGUCGCCCUCUCCACCAACAAAUAUGGAAGCAAUGUCGUGGAGAAAUGCCUCAAGGAAUCCGAAAACGACGUUGUGCUCAGGAUCAUCAAAGAGAUCAUCUCCAGCCCCAAUUUUGUGAGGGUUCUGCAGGAUCCCUACGGCAACUAUGUAGCUCAAUCUGCUCUCGCAAUCUCUAAGGGAGGGGUUCGUAAUGCGAUAAUCGACUUGAUAUUUCUGAACUACGCGUUCUUGCACAGCCAUCCUCACGGGAAAAGGGUUCUUGCGCGUACCAAAGGCAACAAACUGCGUGUAUGA